AUGUCUCUUCGCCCUGUAUUCCGUCGGGCGGUGCUUCCGCAGAGGGUUUUCGCCGCAACGAGAACCUAUGCCAGCCAGAGCCCAGGGAACCCAGUAUGGGAGGUCUUCAAUCGCAAGGCGAAGCAUAUGCAAAAGGACCGCGCAGCUCAAAAUGUCGAGGAGAGCCGGAAAGUGGAUUAUCUCAAGGACGAGGUGGCCAUGCGGUUAUGUGAACGGCUACUGGACAUCAAGAGAGAAUUCCCCAAUGUGCUUGAUCUAGGUGCCAACAGCUGCAACAUCGCUCGUGCUCUGACGACAUCGAACCCAGACCCGGACGCUCCAUCCUCCCCGCCGCUGUCAGAACGCAUUUCGAAAUUAACCUGCGUCGAUACCUCGCAUGCUCUCCUCCACCGUGAUGCCGAAAUCCCUCUCGAAAACGAACUCGCCAUCAAGCGCGAAGUGAUCCCAAACCUGGAAUCCCUCCCGUACGAGCCCAACAGCUUCGACGCCGUCCUCUCAUCCCUGUCAAUCCACUGGAUCAAUGAUCUCCCAUCGCUACUAGCGCAAGUGAAUGACAUCCUCAAACCAGAUUGCCCUUUCAUCGCGGCCAUGUUCGGCGGUGAUACUCUGUUUGAGCUCCGCACUUCGCUGCAGUUGGCCGAUCUCGAGCGGAGGGGUGGUGUGAGUCCGCAUGUCUCCCCACUGGCGGAUGUGCGAGAUGUCGGCGGACUGUUGAACAAGGCCGGAUUCAAGAUGCUCACGGUUGACGUGGAGGAUAUCGUGGUCGAGUUCCCUGAUACGUUUGCCCUCAUGCAGGACCUGCAGUCGAUGGGAGAGAACAAUGCCAUCUUACACCGGGAGCUAGGUCCCAUCUCGCGUGAUGUGCUUUUGGCCAACGAGGCGAUCUAUCGCGAGCUGCAUAAGGAGGAGGGAUCGAGAGGAAUUCCCGCGACGUUCAGACUGAUCUACAUGAUUGGAUGGAAGGAAGGAAAGGGCCAGGCCCAGCCGUUGCAGAGAGGCAGUGGUGAACUUAAUCUUACAGACCUCCUCGGAGGUGGUGGUUUCGACAAACCAUAG